AUGCUGACGAGAAAUAGAACUGACUAUGAUCAUCAGCAGUUGAAAUUGCGAGCGAACAGUGAGAUGGAGGAACAUCAAGACGAUGAGGAGAUGAUGAUUGUGGAAGGGGAUGUGAAACGGGAUUCAUGCAUUGCGUUCAUCAAACGUCAAUUGCAACCGAAAUUCAUGCGAUGUUUGCGUCGAAUGAAAGCAAUGAAUCGUUUACGAUUAACCGAAACAACAUAUCAGUUGCUGUUCUCGUAUGAAAGGCGAAUCGAAACGGAAGUACGUUCGAUUUACGGCGACGAAGCGAAUCCGGAGCUGAUGAAAGGUUUCUAUCGAGCCGCAGGCACUAUGGGAUGUGAUUCAUUUGUUGAGUCGAAUCCUGAA